GCGCAGCGAAGUGGAAUUUUCCCUGCGAACUACCCGCCCCUGCUCGUUCCAGCUGUAGCCGAGACCCUCCCUCCUCCCUAUUAUUGCCCCCCUCCCCAGCGGCCGCGAGCCAGGCUCUAACCGCUACCCUACGACCGCUCACCCGCCCCCCCCUCGCGCCCGCCGCCCGCCGCCCUCCUCAACCCCGAGCGCCGCCCAGCUUCAGCCUGUCGGCCCCCGCCGCCCUCGUCGCGGUUGCCGUAGCCGUCGUGGUCGUCUCCGCUGCCGCCUGGGCCAUGGCCAACUACAUCCACGUUCCCCCCGGGUCCCCGGAGGUCCCCAAGCUGAACGUCACCGUGCAGGAGCAGGAGGAGCAGCGCUGCCGGGAAGGGGCCCUGAGCCUCCUCCGACACCUGCGGCCGCACUGGGACCCCCAGGAGGUGACCCUGCAGCUUUUUACAGAUGGGAUCACAAAUAAACUUAUUGGCUGUUAUGUGGGCAACACAAUGGAGGACGUGGUUCUGGUGAGAAUUUAUGGCAAUAAAACAGAAUUGCUAGUUGACCGAGAUGAAGAAGUGAAGAGUUUUCGAGUAUUGCAGGCUCAUGGCUGUGCACCACAACUCUACUGUACAUUCAAUAAUGGACUGUGUUACGAGUUCAUACAGGGAGAAGCAUUGGAUCCAAAGCAUGUUUGUAAUCCAGCUAUAUUCAGGUUAAUUGCCCGUCACCUUGCUAAAAUUCAUGCUAUACAUGCACACAAUGGCUGGAUCCCCAAAUCUAAUCUAUGGCUAAAGAUGGGGAAAUAUUUCUCUCUUAUUCCCACAGAAUUUGCUGAUGAAGAUAUUAAUAAAAGGUUCCUAAAAGAUGUGCCAAGUCCUCAUGUUCUUCAGGAAGAGAUGACAUGGAUGAAAGAGAUACUUUCAAACCUGGGUUCACCAGUUGUACUUUGUCACAAUGACCUGUUGUGUAAGAAUAUAAUCUACAAUGAGAAACAAGGUGAUGUGCAAUUCAUAGAUUAUGAAUACUCUGGCUACAACUACCUGGCAUAUGAUAUUGGAAACCAUUUCAAUGAAUUUGCAGGUGUGAGUGAUGUGGACUAUAGUCUUUAUCCAGAUAGAGAACUACAAGGUCAGUGGCUCAGGUCUUAUCUUGAGGCCUAUAAGGAAUAUAAAGGAUUUGGGACGGAUGUUACAGAAAAGGAAGUAGAAGUACUAUUUAUCCAGGUCAAUCGGUUUGCAUUGGCUUCUCAUUUCUUUUGGGGAUUGUGGGCUUUAAUUCAAGCCAAAUAUUCCACCAUUGAUUUUGAUUUCCUUGGGUAUGCAGUUGUUCGUUUUAAGCAGUAUUUCAAAAUGAAGCCUGAGGUCACUGCUUUAAAAUUACCUGAGUAAAGAAGAAUAUUUAGGUAGCCUCAAGUGGCUAAGCAAUCCUUGUGAACCAUUUUUGAAAAACAGAUAUUGAACAGUUAAUAUUUGUUAAAAUUCUAUAAUUUCAUUUGGUUACCUUGCUUUAUAAAUGAUGCCUCUAAACAGCCAACUUAUCUUUAAAUAUUAAACCUAAUUCAGAAAUGUACCUACUGUCAGUAUGAGAUGGAUUAGAAAUUUGUUAAAUCUGCAAAGGUCUGUAGAAAUGACAAUUUAAUCCUUUCUUUGAUCAUUUAGUCUGUUAUAUGUGAAUUAUUUAUUAUAGAUUUAACAUGAUUCCAUUGCUGCUUUCAUCACUUUCUGUAUAAGAAUUGAGUAUAAGCAGUGAAAUUGUUAUUUUUGUUUUAACUUAAAUUUUCCCUAUUGAUUUAGGUAAAUGUUUUUUGGGGUGUUCAUUAUAAAUAAUCUUGUUGUACUGUAUGUGAACAUGAGUCAUUUAUUCUUGAAAUGCCAGAAACAGGUAUGAUAAAUUUAGACUAUUACUUUAAUUUUGGGUUAGGAGGUAAAACCUUUCAUGUCAUGGUACAUUUUCUUAUUUGAAUACUGGAAUGAAUUUGAUCCUGAGAAUAAUUUUUUUUUUUUAAUUCUCCAUUGACUACACAGUUUGGAGUAGAAAUUUCAGUUCCUCUUUUAAUCCUGGAAUAGAUUUACUGACUGAGUCUUAACAAAAUCUUUAUAAUAGAAGAUGUUUUCUUAUCUAAAAUGUGAAUAUUUUUCAUUUCCCAUUUAAAAAAAUUACUACAUAAAAUUAUUUCUAAAUUGUGUAAUUCUGUGUAUUGAGCAGCAUUAGGAUUUUUUUUAAAAUUCUAACGUUCCAUUUGCAAGUAGGGUGAGUCAGUGAGCAAUUCCUCCCUCAUUCCACCUUACCCUCCCCCCCCCCAAAAGGAAGAAAAGGAAACAUUUAAUCAUUCAGCCUCAGUGCUUCUAACUUCCUUUCAUAUCUUUAGCACUUAAAUUUAGUAGUACUAGAAAAAAAAUCACAAAAUAUAUACAACUGGCUGUUGCUUGAUGAAUGUCUAUAAAGUUCAAAGUGAUAUAUGGAAGCUGUGAAAAAUUAAAUAUUUUAGAGAUAAGUUUGAGGAUUCGAUCAUUGUACACUUAAAUUGAUAUGCCAAGAAAUAUUUGAAUUCCAAAAUGUGAUUUAAGGGAAAAGGAAGAUAUGGGCUGGGUUUUGGGGACAUUUGUGUAAAAGAAAAAAUUGGAGGCUAGGGGCUGGUAGGCCUGCAGAAGGGAAGAAGGGACUUCUUGACAGUAUGAGUUAGUCGUUAAGUCUUGAAAUCGCUGUGUGAAGUUUAAUAGUCAACUUUUUAAACAAUUAUCCUGACAAGCUUUGCACUUUGGUCACAUAAGUGCCCAUAUAAAGUUGACAUAAUUUGCCUGCAUAUUCAGAAUGUGCAAGCACAAACUUAUCCUACAAGUAAAUAUUGCAGGGAAACACGCACACGUGCACUCUUAUAAGAGCACACACAAACUCUUAUAAGAAUGUUCAUUUUCAGAGUACUUACCUUCAGACAAGCACUUUUCAAGAUUCUUGAAAGCAAUUUGUAGAAAACCUUAAAGGUCAUUUAAAGUUGUAAAAUUCAUUAAGUUAAUAUCUUCUUAAAAGGAAUUUGUUUUCAUAACAGUAUUAGACCAAGAUUUACUUUUCUACCUCCCCUUUAAUCUUAAUGCAUAAUUAGUCGCAUUUUGGUUUUAUUUUAAACCUACAAAAUAAUAGAAUCAAUAGAUGCUGUUAAUUUGGCACAAUUAAAAUGAUAUCUAGAAAAAAAUGGAAAAGCCAUUUUCCUAUUAGGGAUGGUCAAAAGUUCUUUUGAUGGAUUUUUCAUCUACAUUGAGAAUAUUUGACAAGACUAUGGAGAAAAUACAAAACACUGAUUUUUUUGCUUUCUGGCUGCAUAAGGUGUAACAAUUUGUAUCCUUCAGAUCCUUGAGAAUAGGAGAAAACCCAUUCUCUUUUUUUCAGAUUGUCUUCUCAAGCUGGUAAUUGUAGAUUUAACUAUUCUCACUGAGCCUCAGCUGCCAACUACUUCUGUUCUAGUCAUUUCUUAGGGAUUAAUAUUGAAAUAAUGAGUUGGGGGGACAAUCACUUCUGCCACAAGGAUACACCUAACUCACACCUCAUUGUGUAUGUAGAUAAUAGGAAUGUAUAGUCUUGCUUUAUGAGAGGAAGGAGGAAUUGGGGGGGGGGUAUUGAUUGUUUCACUCCACUGGUUUAUGGGAUCAGAGUGCAGAUAGGGCUUGCUCUUUUAGAAAAAUUAAAUUUCCUUCAUAAUAACCAUUUAAAGACUUAUAAAAGAAAGAAAAAUCUCAGAGUUCUAGAAACAUUUAUAAAAGAUUUUCUUUGUGACUUGCUAAGAUGCCAUUCUGUUGCCUUUUUUCUAUGCUAAGUUAAGGGGCUUGAAUGUCAUACAUAAUAACUCAACUUGUAGUAAACCUGGUAUUGAAAUAGAAAGAGGGUUAUAUAAAUGACAUUCAUGUAUGCACAAUGUUAGUCAGUAGACCAUAGUGGCCUGGGUGCUUUAAAAAGCAGAAUUGAGUAAAUUAUUUUCUUUCUUCUGUCACCACUUGUAAAAUUGGACCUGGUUAAUAGGGUUUAAUUUUUUUCUUAUCCUUUAUCACUGAUAUUUGGAAACUUAAAGGUGUGACAGUAAGUCACAUACUUUUAAUAUGCUUAUUUAAGUUUACUUGGAACAUAAAAUUAAUUAACCAGGUCUGGCCAUGUAUAUAAAGCAGUGUAAAUAAACAUGUGUAAAUUAGUGUGAAUUGUAUCUUACACUUAUGAGCUUGUGCAUUGCCUUGUAUCUUUGCUUUUGUAGAAAUUUCUCUAUAAAUAAUCAAGCUCCUUAUCUCCUCACAACCUUUUUGCUGCUGUUGUUUGUUAAUCUGGCAUAUCUAAUGGCCCUGUCUAUACAGUGGGAAGAUGAGAGAUAUGGAACUUAUGAAAAAUCUUAAUAUGCUGUUACAUUAAAGAGCAGUACUUAUUUAUUUAACUCCUCAGAACCUAAUUUAUAGCCUUUAUUAACUUUGAAUAAACCCUUAUCCUUUGUGAAGUAAAGAUUCCUAGAGACAGUGAUUUUAUUUCAGUACAGCCUUAGGCAAAUAGAACUGCAUUUUUUAGUUUUAAUUAUAACAGUAUUUUAAGUUAAAAAUACUAAACAAAUUAUUGAAAGCUAAAAUAUUAUUACCCUUCUUUAUUUUAAAGGGAUUUAGCUCUUUUACCCAAAAAGCAAUGAGUUUAAUAUUUAUAUCUCUUAAAAGCAAAUUUAAGUCCCUACAAAUAUAGACCAUCUGUCUAAACUUCUUAAGUACAUUUAUUCAUUCUAGAAUGGUAGAAGAGAAUAAGAUAAUUAGUCUAACUUUCUAAAUAAAUCAUUUAAAGUAUUACCUGAUUUAAAGACAAAUUACUCUUUCUAGAGUGACAGAUAAAACCAUUCCAUUUACAUUUUUACAUGGCUUUUAUCCCUUCUAUAACUUCUUACAGAUCCUGACUUGUAGAAAAUAAAAUUUGCUAGUCUUGAUUUCUAUUUACAUAACUUCCUUUGAUAACAUUUAAAUCUAUAUGGCUUUAAGUUAGGCUAUUAAAUAUUUCCCAAGCUUUCAGUUGGUGGAAAAACUGACUGAUUCAAUAGUUUUUUGGAAAUAUAAAGAGAAGGAUGAUCGUGGCAUUAACUGUGAUUGCUUUAAACUAAAAGAAAAUCCUAAUAAUUUUUCCUCAAGGAACCAAGAGUUAUAAGCAAAGUUAUUAAAGUAGCCACAUCUUCUUUUGAAAGUUGCUUUGUGGGAAUUAUGUACUGUAUUUUUCAUUUGAUUUCCAUUUUCUCUUAUGAUUGCAAACUAUUGUAAUGUCAUUUGACUACAUGGAAGCCUGUGCCACAUUUUAAAGCAAUUGGCAUGUUAUUAAGAAAUUAGAGUAGUGUUUGGCCAGCCAUUUCAUAGUAUAUGUGAUUAGUCAUUUUAAAAAUUACUUCCCACAAUAUUAGAAUGUAUAAAUGUGUAUAUAUGUGUGUUGCAUAUAUUAUGUAACUUAUGUGUGUAAACAACUACAAUAUUUACUUUUCAAAAACACGAGAUUUUCCCAAUAUUGUAAGCUAAGAGACUCAAUUUCUUGCUGUCAAAAGAAAAUACUUUGAUUUAUAUCACCAUUGUUUUGCAUAUAGACAGGGUAGCAGAGUUGUUAUGAAAGUAUUUUAUUCCGUCAUGUUUAAUUGACACAUAAUCCAGUGAAAUUUUUAAAAAUAUUUUUUUCUACUUAAUAAUUGAAAGUGAAACCAAUGACAUGUAUUAAACAGAUUAGAGGGCAAAACAACCCUGAUUUUUCUACUAGUUAAGAACAUUUUAUUUUCAUUGAUCUUUUUAAAGGUAACUAAAUAUUAAUUGAGUCUAUAAUUCUCUGAAAGAAAAAUGAUGGCAUUGCAAGUAGAAAAUUAUCUCAUAUACACUUAACAUAUUUGUUAGUUUCUACCCUGGUUUGCUUUCACCUUUCCCUCAUAUUUAAAAUAUAUGAUGGGAUGUGGGUUAGAUUAUGAAACAACAUGUGUUCUAUAUAUUAACUUUUUAGUUCUGAUUCUGAAAAUUUUCCUUAGCCAAAACCUUUUCUUUAAUUAUACAUGAACUUAAAAAAAUUAUAAAUGAACUUGCACUAUUUUCCUAGUUUAAAAUGUAACAAUUUGCAGUGGUGAUAUGUUCCAUUUUACAGUCUUGAAUAAUUCCAGCAGUGGGAAGUAGGAGAUAUAUCCCAUAUUAUAAUUACUUUGCUUACUUUUGAUAUAGAACUCUUUCUGGCCAUUGGUUGUGAAUUAGAAGGCAAAAACUUAUCUUAGAGGAUUAGGAGGUUAGGGGGGACUAGAAAAGGAGAUUUUCCAUGAUAAUGAACCUCACUUGUAUAUGUUGUGAACUCACCUCUGUGGCCUGGAAAAGACCCUGGAAUGGAAAAACAAAAUGCUUAAAUUCACUUUGCACCUACUUGUUGUGUGCUGCCAUAUAUAGUUAAUGUGGUUUAGUACACAGGAAAUUGUAUUCUCUGAUCAUCUAAAGCAGAGUUUUUCUAAAUGAGUUGUUUCCUUAGAGUUUUGCAUCUCCAGGAAAACUAAAUCUACAAAGCCUAAGUAAAAACUUUUUUUUUUUACUGUGCUGAAUUUUCAAAAGCCUUUGUACAUCAAAGUCACUUUCCAUAAUAUCUUAAGUAUUGUUUAAAUUUAAAAUACACAUUUUUGGAAGAAGUUAAGUUAUUACUUCAAGAGCUUAAAUGACAACUUCCUUAGAAUCAGCUGGUAAAACAAAAUUUGAGUGAUUCAAAGUUAUUGUAUUAGCUGUGUGUGUUAGAUUUGGAAAUUGUGGCAUAAGGCUUAAAUUUGUAUUUAUCAAAUGUGAACCGUAGUAGUGUGAUGCUGCUUUGUAUAUACUGUAAGUGCUACACAUAGUCUCAGCACUGAAAAUGUAUUGAUACCUCUCCAAUGAGUUCAACUUGAAGUGUAGGUGUUUUGAUAUGCCUCAGAAUUGUGCGUGUCUGAGAAUCUGUUAAUCUGUUUGGAAUUGAAGAUACUUCCUGUUUUGUUUCAUUUAAUUUAAAAUUUAAUUUUUAUCCUUUUACUACUGUUAAUUUGUCAGUGUGUUCUGUGGAUACAGUGGGGUUGCUGGUGAAUACAACUAAGAUGUUAACCUCAUUUAUAUGUUUUGGCUAUAUGGUCAUAAGCUAUUAUUGGAGUUGAUUGUAUUUCUUUUUAAAAAGUAAGUGGUGUUUAAGCUUUGUUUUUGUUGUAUAAAUCCUUUUACCAUUGAUUAAAUGAAGGAAUGUAUCUUUUUGAAGAGAUUUAUAUUCUGUAAAUAAAAACUGGUUGUAACAAUAAAGCUAGGUUCUAACUUC